AUUUGUAAAAAGACCGAUGGUAAUCGGAAUUGGGUUUCCUGCGAGUAUUUUCUAGACAAAAAAACUAAAAAAUAAAUGGAAAGUUAGAAUAACAAGUGCCAGCAUAAUCAGCCGGUGUCGCUAGUCAAUCCUCAUCUGAUAACUCCGAAGUCUGCAAUUUCAACACCGAGAGAAAUUAGGGUUUCUUUUCUUGGGGUUAAAAUCGAAGACCUCCGAUCGAUCCAAAGGGGCACGCAUAAAAUUAGGGUUCAAACAUCAUCUAUGCCUUUAAUUACCGAAUUGUUGUUUCUCUAGCAGAUGGUGAGGGAUCAAGACCAUUACCUCCCUGCAGUUGGAAGCAUUCCCGCCAUAACCGACAUAUCAUCACCAUCGUCCCCGUUCACUCAGUAUAGAUGUCAUGGGUUAUGGUACAUCGCCGUUUUAUCGAUCCCGGCGGUUUUAUUUGUAGUAUAUUUAGGGUUUCAUCUCAAAAGGAACAUUAAGAAGCUCAAUCGUCGUCGAUCACAUGUUAUGAUCGCUUAUUAUGCCCUCCUUUGGUUGUCAGCUAUCCUUAAUCUGGCUUGGUGCUCUCUUCAGGUAUGGCAGUGCAUUCCUGGGAAGGAGGUUUCUUGGAACUUAUUGUCAUUGCUGACAUCAAUGGGAACACUGUGUUUAGAGAUUAGCUUAGUGGCCUUCUUACUUCAAGAAAAUUAUGCAAGUGGCCUCCAGGCAUUAGCUCAUACCUUCAGUAUUUCAGGCCUCAUUGUUGGAGCAGACAUACUUCUCAAGGCGAUUUUUGUGUUUGGAUUCCGUGUCCCACUUUUCAUGGAUGAUGAAACGAGCCAUAGAGGGAAGUGGGGGUUGUGGAUAGUUGAUGAACUAUUGCUCACAUGCAGUUAUGCAUAUAUUCUUUUUGUGCAUUACUCUAAAUGGAGAGAUAAGUUGCCUCCGAGACCAGCAUUUUACAAUUAUGUUGUUGCCAUGUUCAUCAUCACUGGAAUUGCAUUAUUUGGUUGUGGACUUGCUGCCAGUGGUUUGGCCUUUGGACUUUGGGUGUAUAGCUUUGUAGUUAUCUGCUACCACACACUCUAUCUUCCCUUUGUGUAUGUGACCUUCCUCUCUGAUUUCUUCCAGGAGGAAGACUUGCUUUUGGAUAACGCUUACUACUCUGAGAUGAGGGAUGCUGGGUUUUUCGAUUUGGAAUAAUAAGUGGUUAUGUUAUUUGACUAUUUGUAGCACAACUUUGUAAAUAAGGUAUAAGAUAAUGUUAGAUUGACUAUUUGAUCGUUUGACUUUGAUGAAGCCAACAUUUGACAUGUUACAUGUAUAGCUACUUUCCUGAUGUAUGGGAUUCAGUUUGCUAUAAGUAUUUAUCUAUUUACCCUCA